AGAUGCUCUUUACCUUGAUGAAUUUGGGCACGUGACGACAGACGACCAACCAUAUCGAUCAUUUUUAGGUCAUUUUUGCAUACUAAAACAAUUUCGACUGGUUAAAACAACGAAUGAGAAAAUAAAUCGUUUUUCUAGCCACCUCCCGAGAACAGAAAAGAACAGAAAUCGAUGUGUAUUUUACUUAUUUAUUAAUGGAACUCUCCAUCUGUACAACAACAAUGACCACUUCGAGUUAAAUUACAACACUACCCUGCCAGAAGAAACACGCAUGCGUCAUGUGGUUUCGAGAUUUCGACGUCACACUCUAGACGUGCGCACAAUGACAGUGAUCCAAGGAAAGACUGCUAAGCUUCUAUGUCCCUACUACGAAAGAGCCAAAGGAAAAAUCACGUGGUUAAAAGAUGGAUCCGUGCUACCAGACAGCCACAGGCAGGUAAUUGAUCACGACGGGAGCUUGAUUGUGCAGGGUGUAAAUGAAAACCCUGAUGAAGGCACGUAUAGAUGUCAAUACCAGGUGGACAAAGGCCGAGAAAUCAGCUAUUUAAUAGAGCUAAAGAUUAUAGAAUCCCCUGUGAUUUCAGAAUUUCAGUUUUCUACCAGUUCGGAAGUUGGGAUGAGAAUGAAAGUGAUUUGUGCGGCUAUCCUUGGAGAUCCCCCCUUUCACUUCGCCUGGUUUAAGGACGGGGAUCAACUACCCAUGUCGUUAGGCCUAAGUAUUCAAAUAUUUAAGGACUAUAGCAUGUUAUCUACGGAUAAUAUGCAGCUGAAGCAUAGCGGCAACUACACUUGUCAAGUCACUAAUGAAGGUGGUACCGCCAGUUACAGUUCUGUGUUGAAAGUAAACGCCCCACCACGUUGGGUUGUGGAGCCAAAGAACACAGAAGUUGUCGAAGGAGAAUCCGCGCGAUUCGACUGCAGUGCUACUGGUUCUCCACCCCCAACAAUCAAGUGGACAAGAUCAACAAGUGAAUCAAUCCCAGAGGAUUACACUCCUGUCUACAACAGUCAUAAACACACGCUCUAUCCGAACGGUUCCCUGAUAAUACAUCGAGCGAGCGAACAAGAAAAAGGACAUUACCUUUGCGAGGCUGCUAAUGGUUUUGGUUUUGGUCUUAGCAAACUUGUGCAUCUAAAAAUUCAUUACCCACCAAAAUUUGAAGUAAAAUUCAAAACCCAUGCUGUGAGUAAAGGAGGCAGAAUAGUACUCUCAGCUGUCGCAAGGGGGGAUCCACCUAUUCAGUUUCUUUGGGAAAAAGGUGUAUAUCGACUAGGAAAUGAUUUGAGAUACAGAAUAGAGACGUCGGAGAGCCAGAAUAUAGCACAGAAAUCAACUCUGACGAUUAUAGACACUAUCAGAGAGGAUUCGGGUAUAUACACCUGCUCAGCUAAGAAUGAUUACGGAGAGGAUGAAACAAGGCUGCAGUUAUUGAUCCAAGAGGCGCCGGGUCCUCCUGUCAAUAUCACAGUGACCAACACUACAGAAAGGACUGCUUCACUUUCUUGGUCUACGCCAUAUAACGGAAACAGCGCCAUCUCGCGGUAUCUGGUUGUAUACUACAGAGUCCUCGACAGAGGAGAUAGUCAUAAACUAAACGUUACAACUGACGGAGCUUUAACGUCAACUAUUAUCCAAGGACUCGACCCUGCUGCACUCUACCGAGCGUAUGUAGUAGCACAAAAUGGCGUUGGCUGGAGUAACAGUAGUACGUUUGUCGAAUUCGUGACAGCUGAAGAAGCUCCAAGUGGCCCGCCAGAAGAUGUAGAAAUUCGAGCAACAGGCCCAAACUCUGUGAAGGUGUCAUGGAAGCCACCGAAACAAAAAGAUUGGAAUGGGAAAAUCCGAGGUUAUUACAUUGGUUACCGACUAGCAAGAAAUGACAAGUUAUAUUUGUACAAGAAAAUAGACAUCGACGACCUACAUACGCAAGAAGAGGUCCACUUGACCAAUCUCCAAAGGUCGACACUCUACCUUGUGUCCGUUCAGGCAUUUAAUACCAAAGGUGUUGGACCUCGCUCAGACGAAGUAGAGGUCAAAACCUUGGAGGAUGUACCGCCUAGUGCCCCGGAUGUUAAGGCGCUUUCAGUUACAGCAUCGUCCGUUACAAUUGGUUGGUCACAGAAAGCAACUUUUGGCAAGGCUGUCACAGAUUAUGUUCUUCAUUCUCGGCAAAACAAAGAACCUUGGAAAGAGAUUCCAAUCAAGACACACGACACAAGGUACACAGUACCCAAUCUGACAUGUGGCACCACCUAUCACUUCUUCUUCACUGCCCACAAUAGCGUAGGGAAAAGUGAACCGAGUAAUAUUAUUACUGUUAGGACUGCCGGCGCAGCACCAUUGCUUCCUGCUCAAGAGGAUUUUCUCAAUGUUCAACAAACGGAGGUUGUUCUGCAUCUGUCCAAAUGGCAAAAUGGCGGAUGUCCAAUAUUUUCCUUCGCUAUCCAAAUAAGGGAAAAAUUUCACACCAAGUGGCGAACAAUAAGUGAAGAACUUCCGGCAAAUAAAUCUAAGUUCCUCAUUUCCCAUCUAAUUCCAUCUACGUGGUAUGAAAUACUGGUAACAGCACGUAGUUCUGCAGGGGCGACUGAUGCUUUGUACGACUUCAAAACUCUUAACCUUACUCGAGAAGUGGUUAUUCGCAACGAAGAAACAGCUCUUGGACCAAAGUCGCCAUCUUUUGUUACGAAUCUGGAAAUAAUGAUUCCCAUCAUCGUGUCCAGCUUCGUUAUUCUUGUGGUCAUCAUUGUCGGGUGUGUCUUAUGUUUCAGAGAACGACAGACCAGAAACAACAGAACUGAAGGAGUGUCUCACGGGCCUUCAGGCAAACUGCUGCAGGACACAAUCCAACUGAAAGAAAUGGGCACACCACCUGCCCUGGACACGGUGUCCAGCGAAGAAGGAACCCAAAGGUCAUCCUCCCAGUCACAGUCGACCGCCCACUAUCCACUUGGUCAACCCCUGUAUGGUUCCCGGCCAGGUAGAGAUGUGAGCUUGGUUUUAUGUUGAUAGUUUUUGCUCUGUUGCCUCAUCACUGUAUAUCAGGCAUUUCUUGGUGUAGGUAGAAUUACAUCUGUACCAUUAAUGCCAUGGUUAAAUUUUGAAGCUAGUGUCUUGAACGAGAUGUUUCGUACAUUAGCAUUCUUGUGUGCAAUUUUAUUAUGUAAAUAAUCAUGCUU